AGUUAGCUAACAGCACCAAACAAGCCUUUCCGACCCCUUCUAAUUAUACCAAAGUGAUCCGACCUGAUUGUUGUCUGGCGCUGAACCUAUUGGGAAAUAACACUGUCUGAAACUAAUGAGAAGGACGACUGUAUUUUAAUAAGGUGUGUGCUUCUGCGUGCCCCAGCAGAGAUGAGUUACGCCAUGCAGCUGUUGAUUCACCGUGGGGAUUUCUGUCAUGGCCGCACGCUGCUCCCCCUGGGCCUCCGGUCCCUUCUCCGCACGCUGAGUUCUGGUCCCCGUGUGAGCCGCAGCCUUCGGGAGAGCUACCAGCUGUUACAGCUUGAGCUUCCAGAUGUGGGCGAGAGUAGCCCUGCGCAGGUGAAAGAAGCCUACCUACGCAUGGCCAAGCUGUACCAUCCAGACUCGGGCGCUGCUACGGCAGACGAGGCAAUGUUUGCGCGGGUAGAGGAGGCAUACCGCGCCGUGCUGGCGCACCAGUCCCGGCUUCAGAGCUGUGGGGGUUCGAUGGAAGAAGAGGAGGAGAAGGUGAAAGGUGUGGCUCCUCAGCACCGCCACUACCUGAGCUACGAGGGCGUGGGCUCUGGGACGCCUAGCCAGCGCGAGCGCCAAUACCGUCAAUUCCGAGUGGAUCGGGCGGUGGAGCAGGUCCUCGACUACCGCCAGAAGGAGCAUGAGACGGCGGCUGCAGCCGAGGGGGCGCUGGUGGAGAGGGACGUCCGCCAGCGCAGCCGGCAGAUCAAGGUCACACAGGCAGUGGAGAGGCUGGUGGAAGACCUCAUUCAGGAAUCCAUGUCCCGGGGAGACUUCCGCAACCUGAGUGGCGCCGGGAAGCCCAUCAACAAGUUUGAGCACAACCCUUAUGCUGACCCCAUGACCCACAACCUCAACCGCAUCCUCAUCGACAAUGGCUACCAGCCACCCUGGAUUGUCACGCAACGCGACAUCCGAGAGGACAUCGCACAGAUCCGAGAGAGACUGCUGCAGGCCAGGGCGCGGCUUGCCAACCCCAUGAACCCCAGGGAGCAUGCUCAGUGGCAGCAGUUGUGUGGGGUUGUGGCGGAUGACCUUAUGAAGCUCAAUAAAACGGUGGAUAACUUCAACCUGAUUGCGCCCAUGCUUACCAUGCAAAUGGUCCACUUCAGUUUGGAGCGUGAGAUCGACCGCGCAGAGAAAGCAGCCUUUCAAGGCAGACAGGAGAGCAAGAGGGAAAGAGUGAGGGAGUGGGAGGAGCAGAGAAGAGAAAGAGAAAGGGAGCGGGAGAAGAGAGAUAAGAUUAAAACACAUCAACACUCUUGGCAAGGCAGCCUGCUGGCAUGGAUGCAGAAUUUACUAAAAUGAGCAAUGGACCUUGAAGGCAAAAUUAGAUAAAAAAGGAUAUUUCAAAUCAAACUUUUAUUUAUAAUCCAUUUACACAGGUGUCAACACACUUCGAGAGGAUAAGACAGAGGUGUUGAAUCAUUUGUCUUUUAUGUCAUUUUCAGGGUUG